CGGGCGCGUGCAUUUUCGCCAUUUUCCCCGAUUUCAACCCGAACUGCGAACUUUUGUUUUGAAAGCUCGCAUAAAAGCCCGAAUUUACCGACUUGCAGAUCUCAAAUUCACCUACUUAUCCUUAGACUGAUAGAACGGAAAGCAUAGAAAAUGGUUGACAAAAUAGAUAUGAGUUUAGAUGACAUCAUCAAGCAAAAUCGAAGGGGAAAGGGCGGCCGCGGUGCCGGUCGAGGUGCCGGUGGAGCUCGCGGCAGAGGCAGCGUCAGUCGACGUGGUGGUGGCCGACGAGGCGGUGGCCUUGGCGGUGUAUCUCGAGGCGGUGUCCAGAAGAGAACAAGAGGCGGCCGUGGAGGAAGUUUUGCCAGAACCAGACAAGUCCCAGAUGACCAGUGGCAGCAUGAUAUGUAUGAGGGAGGCAACGGAAACAGCCCAGUGAAGAGACGUGGUCUUGGUGGUGGUGGCUUCAGAACCACAGGCGGUGGACGUGAUGGGAAACUUCAUGUUUCCAAUCUUGAUUUUGGUGUCAGUGACCAUGAUGUCAAGGAACUAUUUGCAGAAUUUGGUCCCAUGAAAAAGGCAGCCGUGCACUACGAUCGGUCAGGAAGAUCGCUUGGUACAGCUGAUGUCGAAUUUGAAAAGCGUUCUGACGCUUUAAGGGCCAUGAAACAAUAUAAUAAUGUACCGCUUGAUGGUCGCCCCAUGUCAAUACAGCUAGUAGGCGCAGUUGAGGCCGCCGCACCACAGCGACGGACAAGUGGAGGCGCUGCAUUUGGUGGUGGUGCUAGUUCAGGUUUUCAGAGGACAAGAAGUGCGAGUGCCAGUGGAGGAGGUGGUCGUGGAGGACGUGGCCGGGGACGGGGCGGUCGAGGUGGUGGAAGAGGACGGGGCGGACAGAAAAAACAGUUAACAGCAGAAGAGUUAGAUGCACAAUUAGAUGCUUAUAAUUCCAAGAUGGAAGUAGAAUAACUCAGUUGUCAGGUGUAGAUAAAAGUUUACUUCCCAUUUCUGGAGAAUUCAAGGAGGUUGUCAUCAUACAAGAAGGAGACCAACGCAGAUGCCACGAUAUUGCUUAACUACAUGACUGUAAAUUGCCACAAUAUUCUAAUGUCAUCAUAGCCAUAUUGAAUUUUAUUCAUUAACUUGCUGGGUGCCUUGAAACUGCAGGGAAAGAGAUCUUAUAGUCCGUUCUUCAGCAUUACAGUGUUCAGUUACUGUUUGAUGGACGGAAAGCAGUGUUAUGUUUCAAAAUUUGUGACUUGCUCGGUAUUCACUGGUUUGAAACUCUGGGAAGGGGAAAAUCAGAAAGACUAAAUUUCAAGACAAAGUUUAUGAUCUUACAUCAUUGUAGUGGUUUCUAUUGUAUGAUGAAAUAAGAAGCUGUUAUGUUUGGAACUUGUAAUGUAAUGAUUGUUGGUGAUAUCAAGGAUUUGUAUUCUUGGUGUUAUCAUUGGUGCACUGCUGGGAAGGUCUUAAAAUCUAUCAAGACUAAUGCGUCUGCCAAUGUUGUGCUCUAUGCUUUCAUCCAUGUCAUCUCUCGGAGAAUUAGAGGGGUUCUUGUGCAGCACAUGCACAUGCACAACUGGCGUCAGUUGAACGAAGCAAUUAGACCAGAGUUGAAGUCGUGCUCAUCAAAUGAACUGCGUGUUUACCUUGCCUUGUUUUUACUCAAGUUUGGUUUUAUUGUAUACAAGAAACAUAUUUUAUCCGGUUUUAUGCGCUGGUAAUUUUUAUCAAGAGACUAAGUGAACAAAUGUGGAUGUGAAUAAUUGUGGUUCAAUAUCAUUCCAUUGGAAAAUUUGGUACAAGGGGAAAAAAGAGGACUGACGGAAGGGAACUUCUGAUCCAAUGUGGGCCAUCCAAUCUAUAAUACACAAGGGGACUUCUUUCAAUUAAAACAAUCCUAUUGAAUAGUGGCCAUUUAGCAUGAAAAGUUGAUGGGAAUUCCUAUAACUUCCGUUUUUGUAGUGAUUCACAUCCACAGGUUGCGGUAUUUGUGAAGUGUGGUUAUGUUAUGUAUUGUUCUUGACCCCCGUUCACCUGGCAUAACUGCAAAAUAACGUACAGUAUUUGUGACUCGUUUUACAAUAAAUGAUUUAACUGCCAUAAAUAUUACUAUGUCUUGUAACUGUGUGUUAGUAAAAACUUGUGAAUCUCGGCUCCCUAAAGUCGCAACAUUGUCCCCGAAAUAAUUUUGGUCAGAGACCAGACAGACCAUUACAAAUUACUUAAAAUGAUCUAAAAGUGAAGUCUGUGAAAACGACUCUUGUUCUUUCAAUUUUUCAUGGGUUUGAUUUUAUUAAAAGUAGAUUUACUGGUGACAGUUUUUUUUUCAUUUUAUUUACCCCUUAUAUAUGGCGAUGUUUGGUAAUCAACGGAGUAUUGUUUCAUUUGUAAUCUUAAUGGCAGCUGAUUAAAUUUUUGUUUGGAGAUUUUUUCAGCCUGUACAUGACAUGAUAUACUUUCUGCACAUGGUCUAAUUCUAAAAUAUCCUGGGAGAAGUACAAAUUGUGAAAAUAUGAAGAUAUAUUGAAUCAACUUUAAUUUUCUCAUUCGAUUUUGCUACAAUGCUUUUGCACCAUGAAUAGACUUGUCUCAUGCAUUGAGGGUUAAUUCCAAACACCCUGACUAAAUUGUUCACUUGCCAUGUCUGUAGUACGAUCAAUGUUGAUACAAAUCUCCACUCCAGAAAACUAAUAAGUAAGACUAUUGUAUAUAAUCAGUCAAUCCAGAAAUGAUGUAAUUUGUGUGCAGGUAAAGAUAAAAGAACUUUCAGGAUGGACCUUCUGCUUCGGAUGGUCAUUUGUCAUAGCAUAUUUAUUUAUUAUCAGUAUCUUGAACUACCGUCCAAAUUGUUUUGUGGAUGUUCCAUCAAAGAUACUCUUUUGUCUUUAUCAUUGGACAAAUGUUAAUCAAUACUUGAUUCUCUAUCCCAGAAACAGCAUUUGUAGUAGGUUUGUAAAUAAAAAGUCACAUUCGAAACUUGUAA